AUGGCGACCAAGGGUAGCUGCAUGUGUGGCCAGACGGCUUUUCAGUUCACUGGACCUGUUGAGGUGACUGCUCUCUGCCACUGCACCGAUUGCCAAAAGUGGUCUGGCAGUGCCUAUACCUCCAACCUCGUCACUCCUCGCGACGGUUUUAGCGUCACCAAGGGUACACCAAAAUCAUACGACGUCACCGGCGACUCGGGCAAGAUCAACAAGCACUUCUUCUGCGGCACCUGCGGCUCCUCGCUCUACACGGAGCUCGAGGUCAUGCCCACGUCCGUCUGCGUCAAGGCCGGCGCGCUCGACGGCGGCAAGGCCGCGCUCGACAACAAGAUUGGCGUCGAGUUUUACACCAAGGAUCGCGUCGGGUACCUGCAUAGCCUGGCCGAUGCCAAGCAGGUUGAGGCCUUUGGCAACUAA